AUGAUGGUGAGUAGAUUUUUCAGACCCACCACUAUUGGAUUUUAUCGUCAUCGUCACUCCCCAAUUUCUUCUUUUCACUUGUUCUCUACAACAAUCCCUCUAAAAAAACCCUAAUCACAUCUUCAAUUUCAAUGGAAUUAACAACAUCAACAACAAAUACAAAGGUACCCAAACCCUAGCCACUGAAUUCACGACUCUCCCAUGGACUCGAGACGCACAUCGCGAGUGAUCGAUCCCAAGGUCCGCCAUGUCGGCUUCUUCGCCCCCGCCGCACCACCGCCUCUCUCGCCGGAUCGGGCUCAAUCCGGGGCGCCGGAGCCGUUGUUGUCAACUCCGGUCUCCGGCAACUCCCUCUCCCCCGUUAUGAUCCCCCCUCCACGCCACGCCUCCGACAAUCUCUCUUCCCUCGUCCCCCAUCACCAGUCACGCGCCGUCGAUGUGCCGGUUCCGGCGUCGGCGACGAGGCGGAGCUCCGUGGAGAUCGUCCCCGUCGUCGGGAGCUAUAAUCAGUCGGAGUCUGUUCUCGGGACUUCACCUUCGUCGGCGAUUUCGCCAUUGAGUAGGGUUGUGGAUGGAGAGUUCUCGGAGGACUCGGUGAAUUGGAUUCGGAGAAGCAAUUCGGGGAAAUUCGCUUCGUCUGUUCCGAGUGGAGGUAUUGAUUUGACAAUGAAGCAGCCUCAGGAGGUGUCUGCUAAUGAGAUGAGUAUAGGAAAAGGUGCUGAAAUAUCAAAUGAAUUGUUAUCAAGCUCAAAGGCAUUAAAAGAGAAGACAACAAAAGCUGAAAGGCGUGCCCUGCAGGAGUCUCAACGAGCUGCCAAAGCUGCUUCCAAAGCAGGGGGGAAAAAAUCUGCUGCUGCUUCUGGAGGAGUGGCUCCAGUGCCUGGCCAAACUAGCAAAAGCGUGAAGCAGCCUUCACAAAAGAAAGACGGUCCUGUCGCAUCUUCUGUUGCAGCUUCCGAGAAAAAAGGAGGUGAUCGUCCACCAGACAAAGAUAGGAAGAAAGAUGUGCCUCCUCCACGUAUGCAAUUUGAUGAUAAAACCCGUGUGGGGAAGGCCAAAAGGCGUGCAGUGGUCAACCAAACUGAAGCUAGAAACAGAGUUGAAUUGUUUCGACAUUUGCCUCAAUAUGAACAUGGAACACAGCUUCCUGAUCUGGAGGCAAAGUUUUUCCAACUUGAACCAAUGCAUCCUGCUGUUUACAAGGUUGGAUUACAAUAUUUGGCAGGAGAUGUAUUUGGGGGUAAUGCUCGUUGUAUUGCUAUGCUUCAAGCAUUUCGGGAAGCCAUCAAAGACUAUUGUACACCACCAGAAAAGGUUCUUGCUAGAGAUUUAACUGCAAAAAUCAAUAGUUAUAUUUCAUUUUUGAUUGAAUGUAGGCCCCUUUCAAUCAGUAUGGGGAAUGCAAUCAGGUUUUUAAAAGCUCGCGUUGCCAAAUUACCUUUAAAUCUUUCUGAGUCAGAAGCAAAAGCAACUCUGUAUUCCGACAUUGAUCGUUUUAUCAAUGAGAAGAUAGUUCUUGCAGACAAGGUGAUAGUCAGACAUGCUUCUACAAAAAUCAGGGAUGGGGAUGUCCUUCUUACAUAUGGAUCAUCCUUGGUUGUCGAAAUGGUUCUUUUAUAUGCCCAUGAGCUUGGAAAACAAUUUCGUGUUGUGGUGGUGGAUUCACGACCAAAGUUUGAAGGCAAAGAAUUACUUCGUAGGCUGCUUGCAAAGGGCCUCCGUUGUACAUAUACUCAUAUAAAUGCUGUCUCAUAUAUCAUGCAUGAAGUCACAAAAGUUUUUCUGGGGGCUGCCUCUGUAUUGGCAAAUGGAACAGUUUAUUCAAGGGUUGGGACUGCAUGUGUUGCUAUGGUAGCUCAUGCAUUCCAUGUUCCAGUUCUGAUUUGCUGUGAAGCAUAUAAGUUUCAUGAAAGGGUACAACUUGAUUCCAUUUGCUCAAAUGAACUUGGAGAUCCGGAUGACAUUUCUAAAGUUCCAGGAAGAAUGGAUAUGAAUUAUUUGGAUAAUUGGACCAGUAAAGAAAAUUUGCAACUUCUGAAUUUAGUUUAUGAUGCAACUCCUUCAGAUUAUAUCUCUAUGAUCAUCACAGAUUAUGGAAUGGUCCCACCCACUAGUGUGCCUGUAAUUGUGCGCGAGUACGGUAAAGAGCACCUACUGGUAUAGCAGUACCAAUAUGGGCUGGUCUGCAUGCAUUGGAUUAUAAGACUAAAGAUUCUUCCGACACCCAAGUGAAAUUUGUUAUCUAAUCAAUUCUUUAAUGACUCUGAAUAAUGUUACAAUGCCGUGUCAAAUUUUCUUGUCUAUUUUCUCUGGUAAACCUUUGUGAAGUGCAAUUUCUUUGCCUGUGGAGGCAGUUUUGGGGGGCACCUUUUUUUUUAUAUACAUGUUCUGAGCUUUUAGUGUUCCAGUUCUUUU